AUGGUAGUAACUGAUAAAGACUGUCUUCCACUUAUAUUUGAAGAACUUCAUGAUGAUAGACGUUCCCUGUAUUCUUGUCUAUUAGUUAAUAGACUUUGGUGUAAAACUGUCGUUCCAAUUUUAUGGAAGGAUCCAUGGAAGUUCUUAAAUAAUCUCAAGGAUUUUAAUAGAGAUAAGCUAUUUCUCAAUACUAUUCUUUUACAUUUAUCAGAAGAAUCAAAAAAUUAUUUAAGAAAUCAGGAUAGCAUUAAUAAAUAUAUAAACAUACCUCAACAACAACAAACUCCAUUAUUUAAUUACAUUCACUUAAUUAAAUAUAUUAGAAAAAAAUACCAAUGUUUGAAUGUCAAAAAUAUUUGUUAUCAACCCUUUUAUGAUAAAUGUAUAUUGGAACAAGAAGUUUAUAAACUUUUUAUCGAUAAAUGCACUUCCCUUAAAUUUUUAGACAUCACUGAUAUUAAGUGUCCGAUAUACGAGUAUCCCGGAGCCGCGGCUAAUCUUUCACGUAUUAAAGAAUUACAAUGUAAAAGUUGUGAUGAUGAAGAAUUCUUCUAUGGAUUAACUAAGAUGUGUAAUUUAAUAGAAAAGCUUUGUAUUUUAUAUACAAGUUCGAAUCCUGGCCUUGCUAAAUUAAUAGAAAUACAGAAAAAUUUAAAAUACAUAAAAAUUUCGGUUAAUAGAAAUUUUAACAUGAUGAUGAAGUGGGAAGACAAAUGUCAAAUGAUUGACCAAGCUAUAAUUAAGCAUUCUAAUAAACUUAUAUAUUUAGAUAUUCCGAUUGAAAGUAUAAGUUUAUCCUUUUAUAUUAAUUUUUUUCCAAAAUUAAUCAAUUUACGAACAUUUAUAUUAGAUGGUAAUAUGUUAUUUGAUACAGGAUUAGAAGAUCAAUUAGUUUUUUCAUCAUAUACAAAAUUACAAGUAAUUCAUUUAGAUUGUGUAUCAUUUUCUACGGCGAAAAGAAUAAUACAAAAUACUGAACGUAAUCUUCAAAUAAUUUGGACGAAUAAUAUUUGUUACAGUACGGUAGAGUUAGUAGAUCAAUCAAGAAAUUUUAUUCAGAUAAUCUAUCAAAAUUGUCCUUAUCUUAAAUAUGUUAAAUUUUCAUUAAAAGGUCAAUAUUUUGAAGAAAUUAAACAACUUUUAAUAAAUUGUAAAUUUUUAGAAGGUUUAUAUAUUGACGUGGAUAAUCAAAUUAAUAAUUAUCUUAAUGGGGAUGAAUUAUUAGAUAUAUUAAUUAAAUUUGCUCCAAAUAGUCUUUUUAAAUUACAACUUAAUUUUUUCGAAUUCAAAACGAAAAAUUUUGAAUCAUUUUUUAAUAAAUGGGAAAAACGAAAAUCUUUAUGGUUAUAUUUAAAUAACGUAAAAUUGGAUGAAGAUUAUAAGAUUGAAUUUAAAGAUUUGAUCAAAAAAUAUGAGAGUGAGGAAGUUAUUAAGAAGUAUGAAUCUGAUGAUUAUUUAAAUUUUAUUAAUGAUUAUACAGAAUUUAUAACAUAUUAA